GAGCCAGAAAGGAAGGAACAAUCAAAACCAUGCGCUGUCCGUGGAGGGAUGGCGUGCGUGCUCGUCUUCAGUCGACUUGUUCCGUUCUCGCACAGGCUCACCAGAUCUUCUCUUUGCGUCUUGUCCAUUUUUCUGUCAUAUCUGUGCUACUCUGCGCUCUUCCCGUCCGACACCGUCCUGCAGGGGUCAGGUGAUGACCCGGCGCGCGGCUGUCGGCGCGUUUCGGCUGAUGGAAGCAAAAGGCGCCUGCAGAAAUCGUGCGCUCUGCCGAUCGAUCCGAGAGCGGGCGGCGCGCAGGCACCGCGCCUCGACCCCGGCAUCCAAAGAGCCCCCUCGUACCGCCGUGUGGUCCGGAACGACACGCCCAGUCCACCCGUGGGGAAUUUAAAGUUUGGGAAUAAAAAGUUGCCGAACGCCAUCAUAGUUGGAGUGAAAAAAGGAGGAACCAGAGCGGUUCUGGAGUUCAUCCGAAUCCAUCCUGAUGUGAGAGCAGCUGGAACAGAGACCCAUUUUUUCGACAGGAACUACGACAGGGGCCUGGAGUGGUACAGAAGUUUGAUGCCACGGACUCUUGAAAGCCAAAUCACAAUGGAGAAGACACCAAGCUACUUUGUAACAAAAGAAACACCACAGCGGAUCUCCACCCUGUCCCGAGAUAUGAAGCUCAUUGUGGUAGUACGUGACCCCGUCACACGCGCAAUAUCCGAUUACACUCAGACUUUAUCAAAAACUCCAGAUCUGCCAAGCUUCCCAGAGCUGGCCUUCAGAAACCAGAGCCUGGGCCUGGUGGACACCACGUGGAACGCCAUUCGGAUCGGCCUCUACGCACUACAUCUUGAAAACUGGUUGCGUUACUUCCCUCUGGCUCAGAUCCACUUUGUUAGCGGGGAGCGUCUAAUCACCGACCCGGCGGGGGAGUUGGCACGAGUGCAAGAUUUCCUUGGGAUAAAACGUAUCGUCACCGACAAGCACUUCUACUUCAAUCGCACCAAAGGCUUCCCUUGCCUUAAAAAGCCGGAGAGCAGCAGCUCGCCACGCUGCCUGGGCAAGUCCAAGGGCCGGACCCACGUGCAAAUAGACAGAGACGCCAUCGAGCUGCUGAGAGACUUCUACAGACCUUACAAUGUCAGAUUUUAUGAAAUGGUCGGCCAUGAUUUCAAGUGGGAGUAAU